AUGCCGCUCGAGUCGUGCAUGCUUGUGCUCGACAACUCCGAGUACAUGAGGAAUGGCGACUACACGCCAACCCGCUUCCAGGCCCAGGCGCAGGCCGUCUCGGCCGUCUUCUCUGCCAAGACCGACUCUAACCCCGAGUCGGCUGUCGGUCUCAUGACAAUGGCCGGCAAGUCACCUUGCCUUCUCGUCACGCCAACCAACGACAUCGGCAAGCUCCUCUCGGCCCUCAACAAAGCCAACAUUGGAGGUGUAUCGGACAUGACCACCGCGAUCCAGGUUGCGCAGCUUGCGCUCAAGCACCGUGAGAACAAGAACCAGCGCCAGCGCGUCGUCGUGUUCGUCGGCUCGCCCCUUGACGACUCAAAGGACGAGCUCGUCAAGCUUGGCAAGCGUCUGCGCAAGAACAACGUUCUCAUUGACAUUGUGACGUUUGGCGACGAGGGGAUGGGCAACGACGACAAGCUGAACGCGUUGGUCGAGGCUGCAGGAGGCGGCGAGUCCCAUCUUGUUUCCGUUCCACCAGGACCACACCUUCUCUCCGACGUUAUCAUGCAGUCGCCGAUCCUUUUCGACCCCGAGCGCGCAGGGACGGGUGGCGGUGGUGGCGAUGGCGAAGAAGGCAUGAUGGGCAUGGACGACUUUGAGACGAACGACCCCGAGCUCGCCAUGGCGAUCCGCUUGUCGAUGCAGGAGGCGCAGGAGCGUGCUGAGCGCGAUCGUGCCGCCACCACCAACACAGCAUCAGAGGUCGCCGCUAUCGCCGAGGAGCCACAUGAGCCGACCAACCCCGAGCAGGGGAAGCAGAGCGGGCUGGACGAGGCGAUGACUGCUCCCUUGUCCAACGCCAACGACAAGACAAUUGCGGAGGCGCCUGGGGACGAUCACGAUGACGAGUAUAUGGACGAUGACGAGGACGACGAGGCCAUGCUCGCGCGCGCCAUGGCGCUCUCCCGCGGCGAGGACCCCGAGGCCGACAUCACCAUGGACUACGACGAGGAUGACGAGGACGAGGAGGCUGCGAUUGCCCGCGCGAUCGCGAUGAGCUUAGAGGAGAACAAGGACGGCAAGGACAAGCCGUCGAGCUAG